CUCAGUAUUACUAAAACCCUGGCUGGCUACAGCCAUGGUUGUGGAUGAUGUCAGGGGGCAAAUAAGAGCCACCAUCAUUUAUCCGUAUUAAUCAAUAAUAAACAGCCUAUAAGUGGCUGAUAGCCUACAAGUCACGAGCUGUCGCCAACUACAGACUGUAUACCGUUUACAGCUAUGGUUUCCAGUGUCCCAGCCUGUUCACACCCAGUAGCCUACAGUCUCCACACACAGAAACACACACAUGCACGAGGAACAGAUCUGACUCUUGGCCGUCAGCAGGCUUCGCCAGCGGGAAGGAGGCUGUUUUUCUCUCGCUUCCUGCUUCUUCAACAAGAGUCUGAGCGAAAUCUACAAGACGGAGCGAUCUAUCGUGGUGAACACAGAUACCCGCUGGACCUGCCGAAUCCAGAUGGAGUUGUUCUUUUGCUGUCAAAUCCAGUUUUAGGACGGACCCGCUGGUUCGUCUGAAUCCCGAUCCUCUGCAUCUUACCAUGGGCCGCGGCUCGGUUUGGAGAUAAACAGACACUGACUCUGACUGGCACCAGUCAUGGGAGCCAAAUGGACCUGGUUCCCUUGGGCGCACUGCCAGGACAGAAAAUCCCCUGGUCCGGACCAGGAGAGGGAGAAGCACUGGGCUGAGCUCUUCGAUCAGCUGGACCUCAACAAAGAUGGACGCAUUGACAUCCUCGAACUGCGGACAGGGCUGGCAGGCAGAGGGCUCAUUAGAGGCUCCCUGGAGAGGAUGGUGGUGGCCGGAGACACCAACAAAGAUGGGGUACUAGACUUUGAAGAGUUCACACAGUAUCUCCGCAGCCAUGAAAAAGAGCUCAAACUCAUGUUUCGUAGUCUUGACAGGAACAAUGACGGUCAGAUAGAUGCAGCAGAGAUCCAGCACUCUCUACACAACAUUGGUGUGGACAUUAGCCUCGACGAUGCAACCAAGAUUUUGCAAAGAAUGGACAAAGACGGUACCAUGACCAUUGACUGGAAUGAGUGGCGAGACUAUUUUCUGUUCAACCCACUCAGUAACAUGGAGGACAUAGCGCGCUACUGGAAACAUUCAAUGAUGUUGGAUAUAGGGGAGCAGUUGACAAUCCCGGAUGAAUUUUCUGAGGAGGAGAAGAAGUCUGGCUAUGUGUGGCGGCAGCUGUUGGCUGGAGCCUUGGCUGGAUCUGUAUCUCGAACUGGAACUGCUCCCUUGGACCGCCUCAAAGUCUUCCGACAGGUUCAUGGUGCCAGUGAUUUUAAAGGGAAUGUGCUGAGCGGUUUUCAGUACAUGCUAAAAGAAGGAGGACUUUGGUCGCUGUGGAGGGGCAAUGGAAUCAAUGUUCUUAAGAUUGCCCCAGAAAUUGCUAUUAAGUUCACAGCUUAUGAACAGAUCAAGAAUGUGAUGCGAAACAGAAAUGAAACAAGAAAUCUGAGGGUUCAUGAGAGGUUUGUUGCCGGGUCCUUGGCUGGAGCUACAGCUCAGACAGCCAUCUACCCAAUGGAGGUGUUGAAGACUCGUCUCACACUAAGAAAAACAGGUCAAUACUCAGGAAUAGCAGACUGUGCCAAACAGAUCCUACAGAGAGAAGGUUUCACAGCCUUCUACAAGGGCUAUGUACCCAACCUGCUAAGUAUUGUCCCGUACGCCGGCAUUGACUUGGCUGUCUACGAGACCCUGAAGUUUUCCUGGCUUAACAGAAACCGAGGUUUAACUGACCCAGGGGUCAUGGUGCUGGUUGGCUGCGGUGCCAUUUCCAGCACCUGUGGACAGCUGGCAAGUUACCCGCUAGCACUGAUCCGCACUCGAAUGCAGGCACAAGUUUCAGUGAAGGGAACACCUAAACCCUCCAUGUUGGCCUUGCUUCACAACAUCGUGACCCAGGAUGGUGUGGCCGGACUUUAUCGAGGAAUUUCCCCCAACCUGCUGAAAGUCGUUCCUGCUGUCAGCAUGUCAUACGUUGUCUAUGAAUACACAAGGAUAGUCCUGGGAGUGGACAUUGAGGGUAGGCGGGGUGGGAAAGGGAAGGGGUAGGCAAAAGGUUAGAUUUGGGGGUGGCUUUCAACUAUAAGCAUGUACAGAUCUGUUAGCAAUGCAUGAAGAAAUGGUCUGUGACUGUGGAUGAAUAAAUGGUGCUGUGAUUACAAAUCCUGAGAUUUCAGAGUGAGGAUGAUCGGAUGGCACAUAAACCAUGUAAGAAAAAGAGAAAAACAACAGAUCAUCAUCGUUCUAUAUACGCUGUUGUGAAAGCCUUCAAAUUCCGAGGACCUCACCUGAUCUCGCAGCUGCUGAAAGGAGUUUCAUGUGUGAUAUAUUGCCAUGCAGUGCAUGCCAGCAACUGUGUGAUAGCUAAUCCACUUGCCUCCUGCUAUUGCAUUGCCUUGGACAGAUGAAGACUUGCAUGAACUUCCCUGAGAACAAACUGGUAAAACCAAACCAGAAAGCCAUGUUACAUUCCUAUAGCAUUAUUUUUUCUCCUAGGUGGUAUAUAAAGGAAGAUACAGGAUCAUAGGAGGACUGGUCUAACUUCCUGUUCGAUAAGCGACAAGAACCGAAAGUCGCUGCACACCGGUGGAGUUACAGAAGCCGGACUUUGAUUGACAUGUCUUGAACAAAUGUUACAAAUACUAAAAGACAGUAAAACAACAACAACAAAUAAUGAACUUAACUCUCAAAUGAUAGCCGGAACAGAGGAUGGUGU